AUGUCUAAAGAGCUUGAUCAGUCGCAUACUGAGCACGUUCAUGAUGCCAGUAACGAAAAGAAAGAAGUUGUGCAGACCCCAGAUGCCAUCGCGACAGCGCUUAACAAUGUUGGAGCUCCAUCGCCAUGGGGUAAAGGCCAUCUUAAGCUGUACAUGGCUUGUGCGCUCAUCUACCUUUGUUCAACCAUGAACGGUUACGACGGUUCGCUCAUGGGUUCAAUUAACGUUCUCUCAGAGUAUCAGGAAUACUACGGACUGGGUGAUACUGGGUCGACUUCAACUGGCUUGGUGUUCUCCAUUUUCCAGAUCGGACAGAUGUCGGGUGCUUUGUUCACCUGGAUAUGCGACUGGAAGGGCCGCAGGUUGACCCUCGCUAUCAGCUCGUUCCUCAUCUGUGUAUCUGCGAUCUUUACUGCCGUAGCCCCGACUUUGUCGUCUUUUAUCGCCGCCAGAUUUCUCCUCAGCUUCUUUUCGACUAUCAACACCGUCGCUGCGCCGAUGCUUCUCGUCGAGAUUGCUCCUCCUCUACAGCGAGCUACUGUGGCGGGAACAUAUAACACUUUGUACUAUAUGGGAAGCAUCAUUGCAACAUUCACAAUGUACGGUGCGAACCUUCAUUUGAGCGGCAACAUCAAGUGGCGUCUCCCCCUCUGGCUGCAGAUGCUCUGUCCCGGGCUCGUUGUCCUCGGUAGCUGGAUGUUGCCCGAGAGUCCGAGAUGGCAGGUUGCUCAAGGAAGAAACGAAGCAGCUCGCAAGUUUAUCAUCGAGCAUCACGCAAACGGCGACGCCGAGCACCCAAUCGUCGCUAUCGAAAUGCAAGAGAUCCACGAUUCGCUCGUUGAAGUUCAAGGCCGUUCCCGGUGGGCUUGUUUCGACUUGCGAAGCCUUUACAAGACUCGCGCUCGCCGAUAUCGACUUAUGCUUGUCAUCGCCAUGUCUUGGUUCGGUCAGUUCUCAGGCAACAACGUUUCGAGUUAUUAUCUGCCGUUGAUGGUGGAGAACGUCGGGAUUACUUCUACGAACAUGGUUCUUUUGCUGAAUGCGUUCUAUGCACUCUCCGGAUGGGUCGCUGCUACAAUUGGAGCUCGUCUCCACGAUAUUGUUGGAAGACGCAAGAUGCUGAUGAGCUCGUGUCUGGGCAUGUCCAUCGCGCUCGCUAUCGUUGCCGCUACAGCAGCUGAGUAUGAGCGAUCUGGCAGCACACCCUCAAGCUCAGCAAGCAUUGCGUUCAUCUUUAUUUUCGGCGUUGUCUUUGCUGUUGGAUUCACUCCAAUGCAGCCCAUUUAUCCAGCAGAGGUUUUAGCUAAUGAUCAGCGAGCAAACGGCAUGAUGGUGUUUAUGAUAACCUCCGGCUGCGCAGGGUUCGUCAACACUUUCGCGGCUCCGGUUGCUAUGAAGAAUAUUCGGUACUGGUUCUACGUGUUCUUUGUGUUCUGGGAUCUCUUUGAGUUUACCAUUAUCUAUUUUUUCUUUGUCGAGACCAAAGGCCGGACCUUGGAGGAACUGACAGCUGUAUUUGCAGCCAAGAAUCCACGUAAAGCGAGUACCAAGCGGGUCUCAGAGCCUGAGUGUUAA